UUCAUUUGGAAAGUUGUCCAUGUCACGGUGGAACCGGGAACCGAGGUUGCUCCGAAAAGGUUCCGUCAUGAUGUUUCCUCCAGAGCAGCAGGCACUUGAUUGGCCAGUUGACACUUUAGCCGCUUCUGAUUGGCCGAGGAGCCAUUUGGCCACGCCCCGUAGCAGCAUUAGCUCAGCCCCUCAAGAACUAGACUCCUCCUUCUGCUCAGAGUUCAGCCCCCUGCCACACACACCGCCCAAACAGCCUCAUCAGUGGCAACAGCACAUGCAGGAGCAGCUGAAGGCUCAUCGAAGAGACACACAGCACAGAGAGUCUGAGGCGUCCACUUCUCCCAAGCAGCAGCACUCCCCCUUCCAGGAAUCACAACGGUCACCACAUGACACGCUCACAUCAUCAGCACAGGACACGCUUGCAUCAUCAACAUGCGACGUGUUCGCAUCACCAACAUGCGACACACUCUCAUCACCAACAUGCGACAGGCCCAUCCGUCCUGGUUUGGGUUUGAGGACUCGAACGUUUGAGGAGCUUCUUGAAGAACAGCUGAGACAAGAAGAGGAGAGAGGAGAGGCUGGUCUGGUGAGUCACGGCGUGGUGUUGAAGCGUUCUUUCCUGCGUAAGGGGGCGGGCCUGGUGAGGUUUAGCUCUGCCCCUAAAUCCACACCCCCACAGCCCAGACAACCAACCACAGGCCAGAACCCCCCUGACAGGAAGCCCAAGCAGCCAAUCAUAAACCAGAACCGCCCUCACAGGAAACCCAAAGAGCCAAUGGGCCGUUUGGCUGCCAGAGGUUCCGCCUCCUCCUCCUCAAGCUCCACUCCUGGUUCGUCAGUAGCUCGUGUACGUCGUAAGACCGCCUCCCUGCUGACGCACACACACACUGACACACACACCAACACACACAUACACACCAACACAGACACGCAUACCAGCACACACAUACACACCAACACACACAUACAAACCAACACAGACACACACACCGACACACACACGACCACACAGACUCUCCUGCCUGCCAAACAUGCACACACCAACACACACACUCCCCCAGACACCCCCACUGUCCCCCCCUCUCCUGUUGUCAUGGAGACCUCGUUUGAGGUGUGGCAGCGUGGCCGUCAGCAGGAGUGGGCGGAGCUCGGCGAGUUCGAAAGGCUGGAGGCGGCGGCCAGCCAGCUGUCAAUCAGCCAGCUGUCAAUCAACUCCGACUACGCCAGACGCCUCUCCUCCACGCCCAUCAAACACACACACUCUCUAAACACACACACUCUAAACACACACACACUGGACACACACACACUGGACACACACACAUUGGACACACACACACGACGCCUCUCCUCCACGCCCAUCAAACACCCCGCCAACACACACACAAUCCAUACCAACACACUCCACACGCACACCCUGGACACACACACGCUGGACACACACACUCUAGCCACACAUACUCUUUCUCCUGAGGAUGGAGAUAUGGAGGAGGAAGAGGAAGAAGAUGAUGAUGGUGAUGGUGACGGUGGAGAUGAUGAUGGAGAGGAUGAUGAUGAUGAUGAUGAUGAUGAUGAUGAUGGAGAGGAAGAGGACUAUCAGGAAGGAGGAACGCUGGCCCUGCCUCCUUAUGACAGCUGCUCCUAUCAGGAGGCGGGAGGGGCGGGGUCAGCCGGCGUGGGGGUGGAGUUUGACGAUGACGACACCUGGGCAGAGCAAUCCCAGAAUGCCGACCGGCCAGACACAACCCUGCAGGCAUCGGAUGCCCAGAGCCAAUUAGAUGCUGAGGAGGACACGGAUGUCCCGCCCCCCUCCCAGCUGGUUGCCAAGCUGUUCCCUUCCCUACAGCCCAAGCCACAACCCCUGCCUGUCACUCAAGAUAGCCAGCCAAUCACAGAUGCAGAGAGCGAAGGUGUGUGUGCGGUGAUGCGUGAGCGCCUGGUCCAGUUGGAGUGUGAGAUCGAGCGCUUCAGGAUGGAAAACCGAGAACUCACACAGCUGAAGAAAACACUACACACACAACAAGAAGAGCUACGCCAGGAGAGGGCGGAGUUCGAGGCUCAGCGUUUGAAGGCGGAGUCUGAGUGGGCGGAGUUUGUGGAGGAGGAAACCAGGAAGCUGCAGAGGGAGAAGAAGCUGUUUCACACGCACGCAGCAGCAGCCCGCAACACACACACACACACCCAGAGACAGGAGAUACAGGCGGUGCAGCAGCAGCUGAGUGAGCUGCGUGAGGAGUGUGUGAGGAAGGAGCAGCGAUGGCGGAACACACACACACGCCUGACGCAGCAGAUACACACACUCACCACACACAACCAGGAGCUGCAGAAACAGAUACACACACUGGAGACAACACGACUCAACACCUUGCAGCAGGAACAGAGAAGAGAGGAGGAGAAGAGAAGAGCGGAGGAGAAGAGGAAAGAGGAGGAGAAAAAAAGAGAGGAGGAGAAGAGGAAAGAGGAGGAGAAGAAAAGAGAGGAGGAGAAGAUGAAAACGCAGAGCGGAGGGAAAAGGAGAGGAGGAUGGAAGGAGGAGAGAAGAGAAGAGAGGAGUGGAGGAGGCAGAGGAGCAGAGCACCGUAAACCGAACAUCAACAGGGCGAACGAUCGUCCUGAUGUUGAUGGUAUGCAUGACAACCCAAAGCUUCAUGAUGGCGUCUCCUCACAGCAACAAGAGAUCACACACACACACCCCGAUGGAAAGGUAGAGAGUGUGUGUCCUGAUGGCAGCAGGUUGCUGGUGUUUCCUAAUGGGACCCAGAAGCUGCUGUGUGCUGACGGAUCCACUAAAGUCACUUUCUUCAACGGAGACACCAGGCACACACACCCCGACCAGAGAGUGGUAUACUACUUUGCGGAUGCCAAGACGACACACACCACCUUCCCAGAUGGCACAGAACUCCUGCAGUUUCCCAGCAACCAGACUGAGAAGCAGUAUCCUGAUGGCAGGAGGGAGAUUGUGUUUCCUGAUGAGACCGUGAAGACUCUUCACCCAGACGGCCACGAGGAGACCACGCUUCCAGACGGAACCGUCAUACGCACACACGGGGAGUGUAAGGAGGUGGUGUUCUCGUGUGGCGAUCGUGAGUUCCACACGUCUGAGUUCCGUCGCCGUGUGUAUGCGGACGGCUCGGUGAAGACAGUGUUCCGUGACGGUCGGCAGGAGACGCACUACGCCAGCGGACGCCUGCGAAUCAAAGACCCCCAAGGACACGUCGUCACGGAUACCAACACACACACGCCACCACCGGCACACACACAUGUCAACACACACACGUCACCCCCCGCACACACACUCGCUUACACCAUCACGCACACACCUCCCCCCGCACACACACACACACUGCCUAACCCUACUCCCUACUGAGUUAGUUUUUAGUGUGUGUGUGUGUGUGUGUGUGUUUGUUUGUUUGUUGUAUUUGUUUGUUUUUGUGUUUUUGUAUGUGGUUUGCAGUGUAUGUGUUAUUUAUUCGAAAUUGAGAAAUUGUAUGUAUGAAUAAAUGAGUAGAUCCAAUAAAGUGUUAUGAGUUCCUAA